CGCGACUGGGAGCAGAAUCUAACGUCACAGUCUAGUUUUUGCCACGGCACUCAAACUGCAACUUACGAUGCUCGCACAUUGAGAGUAUUUGUUUCAAGUCAAUAAAAUGGAACAUGUACAAAGUUAGUAAAACUAAGAUUGCCCAUUAACAUUUUUUACAAAUUACAUAAAUAUAUCAAGUGCGUCACACUAUAAAUGUAUAAAAGCCGGUAAUGUUAUGAACAAAUCUCUCCGCUAAAGGAACAACUAAUAGCACAUUUUAGUGAUAAAUAAUUAUAAUGAAUGCUGCAAGAGCACUCCUUAAACAGGGUAGAAGCGCCCUGCUAUUAUGUGACAUGCAAGAAAGAAAUGCCAGAAUCACAUAUGAUUUCCAAAGAAUUAUACAAAAUUCGGCAAAACUGAUAACUGGAUUAAAAAUGUUGGAAGUUCCAAUGAUCGUCGCAGAACAAACUCCAGAGGUUCUUGGAAAAACAGUUUCAGAAUUAGAUAUUUCUAGUGCCAAAGGACCAUUUGCAAAGACUCAUUGUAGCAUGUAUAUACCUCCAGUACUUAAAGAACUUUCUGUGAUUUGUUCUGGGGAGAAACCAGAUGCAGUUAUUUUAAUUGGUAUGGAAACCCAUGUAUGCGUAGAAUUGACUGCGAUUGAUCUAAAAAUAAAUGAGUAUGAAGUACACGUUGUCGCAGAUUGUACCACUUCACACACACAAGAAGAGAAAAUGUACUCUCUAGAGAGAAUGAGAGGAAUAGGAUGUCAUAUAACUACGGUAGAAAAUGUUCUUCUCAAACUACUGCGUGAUUCAACACAUAAGGAGUUUAAGAAUGUAAUACAUUUGACAAGACACUAACACUAGAUUUGAUACAGGUCUUCCCAACAAACUGUAAAAUAUCAUUAGGACACGUUAUAUUAUACCAUGCCUAGUUUUUGAGAAAUUAUUAGAAUGAACUAUUUUUAUAAAGGGUAUACAAUAAUGACACAGUAUAUACAAAACUUAUUUUAUUUAAAAAAUAUGAAUACUUUGUUGAUAUAGAUGUACAGGGGUGUAAUACAAAAAACCUAACUGAU